AUGGCCCCACUAUCUUUAUGGCGCGGGACAAGGCUUGCUCUGUUUGCCUCCGCCAUUGGCGGCGGUGCCGCCGCUGCCGCCAUAGCCACCUCCGAUGACCCCGAGACUGCCCUCAAGCUAUGCACCACCGUCCCCCCUCGCCUCAUCCGCGACGCCAUCACCGCUGCCAACAUUGCUUUCGAUUAUGAAUAUUCCCUGUGGGGACUGCCGGAAGGAAGUAAUGAGCGGUCAGCAGUCAAGCACGAAGUUCACCUCCGCUCUGCACGUAAACUUCAAGAGCUGUGUUUUAAGAACGGAGGGAUUUAUAUAAAGCUUGGCCAACAUAUUGGGCAGUUGGAAUACUUAAUUCCUCAAGAAUAUGUUCAGACAAUGAGGGAGUCAAUGUUGAAUAAAUGUCCAGUUUCUUCAUAUGAUCAAGUAUGCGAGGUCUUUAAGAAAGAACUUGGAGAAACACCUGAUACAAUAUUUUCUGAAUUCGAUCCAGUUCCAAUGGCAAGUGCUUCCCUUGCCCAAGUUCAUGUAGCCCGCACCCAUGAUGGGCAAAAAGUUGCUGUGAAGGUUCAACAUACUCACAUGACUGAUACUGCGGCCGCAGAUCAUGCCAUUGUGGAAUUUAUUGUGAACACUUUGCAUAGGAUUUUCCCCAGUUUUGAUUAUAGAUGGCUGGUUGAUGAAAUACGGGAAAGUUUACCCAAGGAAUUGAACUUUUUGACUGAGGCAAAGAAUAGUGAGAAAUGUUUGGAGAACUUCCAGAGGUUUUCUCCUCAUAUUGCAAACUAUAUAUAUGCACCAAAAGUUUAUUGGAAUCUAAGCACUUCAAAGUUGCUAACGAUGGAAUUCAUGGAUGGUGCCCAAAUAAAUGAUGUAAAGACCAUUAGAAGACUCGGGAUCCGUCCACAUGAUGUUUCAACAUUGGUCAGUCAAACUUUUGCUGAAAUGAUGUUCAAGCAUGGAUUUGUGCAUUGUGAUCCUCAUGCUGCUAACCUAUUGGUUCGUCCAUGGCCUUCUAGCAGACUGAACAUCCUGGGCAAGAGGAAACCACAGUUGAUUCUUUUAGACCAUGGACUUUAUAAAGAGCUCGAUUUCCAUACAAGAAUUAAUUAUGCUUCCCUGUGGAAGGCAUUGGUAUUUGCUGAUGCUAGGGGGAUAAAGGAGUAUAGUGCUAAAUUGGGUGCUGGAGAGGAUUUAUAUGCACUAUUUGCAGGAGUUCUAACCAUGAGACCAUGGAAUAGAGUUGUUGACCAAUCUGUGGAUCAUUUAGUGAUAAAGGGAAGUGAGAGCGAGAUAUCAGAAUUGCAGAUGUAUGCUUCUCAGUAUUUCUCUCAAAUCUCAGAGCUUCUGAGGAGAUUACCACGUGUAAUUCUGUUAAUGCUGAAGACAAAUGACUGUUUACGUGCAGUCAACAAUUCUCUGUUGCAGGGAUCUUCUUUGGAGACAUUUUAUAUCAUUGGUAAGGUUUCUUCGAAGGCUGUUAUCGAGGCAAAGAUGUCGCAAAGCAAAUCCCUUUUAACUUGGUUGAGUGUUAUAUUGGAUGGCAUUUUGCUGGAAGGGAGGCUCUGGGGAAUGCAGGUAGCCUUGUGGCUUUUACAACUCAGAAAGGCGUUGUCCUGGUCAAACCAAGGAUCAUAAUUCAUAAAGUAGGCGUUCUCUGCCAAAUUCGUUUUCCGAAUUAAUCCAUUCUUUUGUCAAACAAGUUACUCUAUUCUUUAUCUCCGUGGUCAGAAUCCGGAUUCCCAUUUUGCAGAUUCUUUUUAGCUAAUAUUGGGGAUCAAAAGUAGAUGUUCAACUUACCAUUUUUUAUUUGUUAUACACGUAUAAUCUUGUAUUCAUUCUGAUACCUGAAAUUUGUUGCAAGUCCCUAUUAAUAAGGGGAGUUGUUAAUUGAAAAAUAAUGAAGACAAUAGAGUUCAAUUCAGCUGAA